GAGCUUCCAGCGAGAGGGAGGGCGGCGCGGAGAGAGUCCGCCGGAGGAACUUUGCGUGCGCUUCUUCCCCCCCACCCCCCGGCAGAGCUGGUGUGAAGGAAAAGGAAGAUUCCUGGAUGCACGAGAGACAUGGGGUGCACCUUAUCCAGCCCAAAUGUCAAUCCAGAUUUAGCGGUCUCUGAAGAGAAGGUGAGCCCGUCGCUGGAAGAUGUUCUGGAUUUGACAUCAGAUCUGCAGUGCAGGGUUGAUGAGGAGCUGCAAGAAUCCUUUGUGCUUUCAGAGGCUCAGAAGGAGCUGAUCCGGACCUCCUGGGAAAUCCUGCACAAAGACAUUGCCAGAGUGGGAGUGAUUGUCUUCAUCAGACUCUUUGAGACCCACCCAGAAUGCAAGGAUGCCUUUUUCCUCUUCCGCAACAUCGACGAUUUCCAGCAACUGAAGAUGAGCAAAGAGCUGCAGGCUCAUGGCCUCAGGGUGAUGUCAUUCAUCGAGAAAAGCGUGGGGAGGCUGGACCAGACAGACAAGCUGGAACAUCUGGCCUUUGAGCUGGGCAGGAGCCACUGCCGAUAUCAAGCACCUCCCAAGUACUAUGAGUACCUCGGAACUCAGUUCAUCCAAGUUGUCCAGCCUAUUCUGAAAGAAGAAUGGACCCCAGAGGUUGAGAAGGCCUGGGAAAGCCUGUUCAAAUAUCUGGCAGCCACAAUGAGAAGAGGAUUUGAUGCCGAAGAAAAGACGUCGGCCGGCCAGUCUCUUCACUCAGGAAAGGCUGGAGUCGAAUCCACCCUGAACAGAGUCUAGGGGUGGUGAUCUACUCUUGGGGUGACCUGCUGUGAUCCAUCCCAGGCCCCUUUCUUCUCUCCCUGGGCCUUGAGGAACCGCCCGUUGAAAAUCCUCUCUGCUGCCAACCGGGACUGGUAUUAGACUCCAGAGUGAGAAUUCUAAGAUGUUGGGUUGCUUAUUAUAGGGUGAUCUGUGCCCCGUAAUGAGAUCUUUGUAAGUUUUUACAUGAGCAUCUUGGGAAAGGAAGGGGGGCCGUGGGAGCGAAAACCAUUGCAAAGUUUGCUCUCUGGCCAGUCUUAUUAUUUUUUAAAUUGCAGACCUUAUUUGAGGAGUGGGCUGAGUGGGGACUUCCUUAUAGACAGCUCCUGCAUCUUUUUCGGUCCUUCUGGCAGACUGAUUAAAGCAGUAGCCCCUCCUGCUGGUGAUUUAGAAUGUCUAUGCACAUCA